AUGGCGGCGGGCCGGCGCGCCCCCCGCACCGGGCUGCUGGAGCUGCGCGGCACCGGCGGGCAGUGGCUCCGCGUCCUGCUCACCCUGGCCGAGGACGUGCUGGGGGUCAGCCCUGCCGAUGGCCCCGGCCCCGGCCCCGAGGCCCCGGCGGCAGCGCAGCUGAACGGCGGCGAGCCGGGCUCCGCCGCGCCCGAGGCGCUCGCCAACAUCAGGAGGACCGUGCGCGUCGUCAAGCAGGACGUAGGGGGGCUCGGCAUCAGCAUCAAAGGUGGCCGAGAGAAUAAAAUGCCCAUCUUGAUCUCCAAGAUCUUUAAGGGGCUGGCAGCGGAUCAGACCGAGGCGCUGUACGUGGGGGAUGCCAUCCUCUCCGUCAACGGCACCGACCUGUCUGAGGCCACGCACGACGAGGCCGUGCAGGCCUUGAAGAAGACGGGCAAGGAGGUGGUCUUGGAAGUGAAGUACAUGAAGGAGAUCUCCCCUUACUUCAAGAACAACCCCGCAGGGGCCACGGUGAGCUGGGACCCGUCUCCCGGCGCCCCACAGAAGCGAUCCUCCCCCGUCCUGCCCCCUCGGGAACUCCGGGAGGGCCGCACCGUGCCGCUGAAGAUGUGCUACGUGUCCCGCAAGUGCCUCCCCACCGACCCGGAGCACAGGUACCUGGAGGUGUGCUCUGCGGACGGGCGCGUCGCCCUCUUCCUGCGGGCGAAGGACGAGGCCACGGCGCAGUCCUGGCUCGGCGCCAUCCAGGCCAACGCGGGCGCGCUGCUGCCGCGGGUGAAGGAGGAGCUGCGGGCACAGCUGGCGGCCGCGGGCACGGCGGCCGGACGGGAUGUCAAGCACGUGGGCUGGCUGACCGAGCAGCUCCCCAGCGCCGGCACCAGGAACCUCCUGGCCGUCCUCACGGAGAAGGAGCUGCUGCUGUACGGCAGCCUGCCCCAGAGCCGGGAUGCCCUGGGCAAGCCCACGCACAGCUACCCCCUCAUCGCCACCAGGCUGGUGCACUCGGGGCCGGCGAAGGGCUCGGCGCUGUACGAGGCCGAGCGCUCGUUCGCGCUGCGUGCCGGCAGCCGGCUGGGCGUGCAGACCCACCUCUUCAGCCUGGAGAGCCCCCGGGAGCUCGCCCUGUGGACGCGGCUGCUGGUGGACGGCACCCACGGCGCCGCAGAGCUGGCCCAGGAGGUGUCGGCAGCCUGCACGUGGAAGGGGCAGGAGUGCACCCUGACCGUCCACAUCGACAAGGGCUUCACGAUCUCCACCACGGAGCCCGGGCUCAGCAAGACCAUCCUGCUCCAGCAGCCCUUCGAGAAGCUGCAGAUGUCCUCAGAUGAUGGCACCAAGAUGCUCUACCUGGACUUUGGUGGCCCAGAGGGAGAGAUCCAAUUGGACCUUCACUCCUGCCCUAAAACCAUCGUCUUCAUCAUCCACUCCUUCCUGUCGGCCAAGGUGACCCGGCUGGGGCUGCUGGCGUAACGAGGGAGCGGAGCAGCCCAAGCCCCCGGCCCAUCUAUGCACCUCCCUCCUGGCCCGGCCCAGCCCCAAGCCAUCCCAAGGAGACUGGAGCCCCUGUGGGAUCACACCACCCCCACCAAGGAGAAAAGCACCAUCCUGCUGGGAAAACCCCCUCCUGGGGCGUCUGGGUGAAAUCCCCCUUGGAUGGCAGCACUGGGACUUCUCCGGUCCCUUCUUCCCCUCCUUCCUAAGCAGCUGCAGAAGCCCAGUGGGAGCCCACGAGAGCGGCAGCAGGGCCGUCACCCCAGUGCCUUGAGAGAUGAUAUUUUGUGUACAAAGAACCCGUUUGUAUCCAUGUUUUAUAUUUAUAUCGCCCACUUAAAAACGCUGACACAGCAGCUCUUCCCCACCUGGCUCGGAUUCCCCCAGGAGAGUCCCCCAGGUCGUGCAGCACGAGGACACGUGUCUGUUUUCCAGGCAGGCAACCAAAGGGCUGGAGGCCAAAGCCAGCCCCAAAGUGCUUAAGAGAUGGGAACUGCAGAUCAGCUGUAUUUGCCAAAUUUCUCCCGUGUUGUACGAAGCGAUAGGAACCACUUUUGUGUGUCGGGAUUGGACAGCGCGUUUGGUUUUGCUCACUCUGGAGUCACUUUAUUUCUCGGUUUGUUGAGGGGGGGAGGGUUGUCAGGUGGCUGCUGCGGAAUAACUUCUUCUGUGAACCAAAAGAUUCUGCAUGAAAAUGCCUUUUUUUUUGGGGGGGGGAGGGGUUUGAAUAAACCUUGCAGAUCACAACCAGCAGGAGCCAAGGUCCAUCUCCUGAUUUCACUUGGAGGAGUAGAAAGUCAUUUUGUGGACGAUGCCUGGGCUCGGGGUGUUUUCACCAGGGGAAGGCAGGAGUUCAUAUGGAGGCUGUGGGGCUUUGCUGUGAGCUGCUGCUGGUCUGGGAGUGCUGGGAACACUAUGGGAGAAUUCAAGCAGGGACAAAAAGGUUGCUCAGAGCUCCAUCUGGCCUGUCCUUGAACAAUUCCAGGGAUGGGACAUCCACAGCUGCUCUGGGCAACCUGUGUCAGGGCCUCACCACCCUCACAGGAAAGAAGCAGCACAGGAACAUCUUAUUUGGUGUAAAUAAAUAGUUCUUAUGGGGUGCAUCAGGACUCAGGUGCAUCAGGUGCUCAGCUCUCGGUGAGACAGGGUGAUGGAGAGGAAGGGGAUGUCCCAGCACAGCCCCAUGCCUGGCAGCAGGAAUCUUUUAUGAUGAACAAGCCCAUAGUUUUUAUUACACAGAACUGUCAGAUUUCCAGGAGACCUCGCAAAAUGGAUUUGCAAGAGGGAAAAAAAGAUCCCCCCUCACGUUUCUAACUGUUAAAUCAAUACAAGUAAUUUAGAAACAGAUAGUGUAUUUUCUAUGAUCAAAAGCGUGUCUGCACAAGGAAACACGUUAUUACUGCAAUUUGCCUUUCACUUCUUGCCCUACAGCCAUUACUCUUUGGGGUUCAUUGCAAUAAAAGAGGGAAUCACUCCCAAUCCAGAGCAGAUUUCCUAUUAAUCUUGCAGAACACAAGCUGUCUUUACUUCCCCAGUGCAGCUCAGGCUCUAUCCCACUCCAUGCCUGGACUGUGAAGGAAAUAGCUCAGUUUGGAGAUGGAUAUUCAUUUUCUUGGAUUUCUUUGCAUUUGAUAUUGGUGAUGGUGUGAGGACUUUUUCUCCUCCUGUAUUUUUGGAGGUUUCUGAGCCUCUUCAUCCUUCUGGCACCACCCUUUGCUUUAUGGGACCCGUUCCCCAGGGAUGCUCCUGCAAAGGGGCCUGUGAAUAAGACAACUGCUUCUUACAGUAAGGGUUUGGAGCAUCAGGAAUGGCUGAGGGAGCUGGGGGGGGCUCAACCUGGAGAAAAAGAGUCUCAAGGGGACCUUCUCACUCUCUGCAACUCCCUGACAGGAGGGGGGAGCCAGGUGGGGAUCAGGCUCUGCUCCCAGGGAACAAGGGACAGGACAAGAGGAAAUGGCCUAAAGUUGUGCCAAAGGAGCUUUAGGUUGGAUAUCUGGGAAAAUUUCUUCACUGAAAGGAGUCUCAGGCAUUGGAAGAGGCUGCCCAGGGCAGUGGUGGACUCCCCAUCCCUGGAAGGAUUCAAAAGGCGUGUGGAUGUGACACUUGGGGACAUGGGGCAGUGGUGGCCUUGGCAGUGAUGGGUUGAUGUUGGACUCGAUGGUCUUAGAGGACUUUUCUAUCUAAACUCCGUGAUUCUGUUCCUCUGAGUGAUGUGGGACCUUGUAAAACAAGCCACACAGAAAAAGAGGAUAGAAACUGCCUCCCCAGGAGAAACCCAUGGCAACUGGAGACCUCUCCCAGAAACAUUCAGACAUCCUGAAUCAACACUGAAUUUCCCUGGCCAGGAAAGAUUUUGGGGUUGGCAACAGGGACCAGAUCCCAGUGCAGGAUGGCAUCUGUAUGGAGGAAUGAGUGCUCCUGCUUGGGAUCACCACAGUACUUCCCAGAGGGGAGGAACAGCAUCUCGGGGUUCUGUUCUGCCAGGCACUUUUAUGGCAGAAGGACUAAUAUUUUUGGAAGCAGCUUUAAAAUAAAUAUAACGAACUCUGCUUUUAGAGCUGGGAUGAUGGGAACAGGCUCAGGAAAAAGCAAUUUCCUCAGCUCAGUCUGAGGCGACUGGAGUUUUACUUGGCCACCAUGACUGGAACAACGCGGGGAAAGGGGAAAUUUAAAGGUGCUGCAAGUGUUGGAAAAUGGAUGGCAAAUGGGAAAGGAGGAGGGGAAAAAAUCCUGUUCUACUCUCUACAUGGAUCUCUUGGGAUGCUGGUUGCCAGAGGGAGGCCAAAAUGGGAAUGGAAAUGGAUGCAGAGAAACUUUGGCACCCAAACCACUUUGGUGCCACCCAUGGAGAGAAGUGGGUGAUGGGGGUGGCUGCAGCCUGGCUCUGGUGCCAUCCCUUUCCCUUUGGGAGCAAAUCCAGCCAACCCAUGGCGAGGUGAGCUCUCAGUUUCCUGCAUGAGAGGAAACCCAGCGCUGUCGGCAUCCCCCGCAGCAACGUCACAAGCAGGAGUUCUCCCCAGAAAUGGCUUUUCCAGGUUGUAAGACCUGAAAAAAACAUCCCUGAAUGAAAGAGCCGGAGAGGGAAGAGAGAGAUGCAGCGGGAAGAGUAAUUAGGUUGUCCCCAGGUGUUUGCUCACCCACGGCAGAACACAGUUUCCCUCCCGAUACCGCUUGUACUUUCCAUUAGUCAGCCCUGACCUUUUAGCGCCGUAAUCAAACAAGACAACCCAACACUUAAAUCUGAGCGUUUAGCGCUGACAUUUACAAUCGCUUCUCGCGUUGGAGAGGCCAAAUGAAAAUUUCCUCGCAGACAGAACGCUGCAGGGCUGGGGAAUCAAAUCAUUCCGUUGCUGGCUCGCAGGCGUGCCGGCCCCCUUCGGCUGCCCCACGCAGUGGGUGGUAUUUGGACUAGAGCCUUGUCAGCACAAAGUCAAUAUUCACCUGGAGUUCGUGCAUCCCGUGGACAUCACCCGACUGGGGCACGAGGAAGCUGUAUUUGGCAUUUGAUGUGGGUAAACGGGAGUGAUCUGACACAGGCAGGAGCCCUGUGGGAGCGGGGAAGCUGCGUUAAAUGGUGAGGAUCCAAGGCAGUGAUGAGGGUGUUUUCUCUCA